AUGCCUCCCAAGCCAGGCAUAGGUCAGAAGGCGCUGAUCACAGAGCGGUUGGGUGCAUUCUGGGAGGGGAGGUGGCGGGAGCUGUUCGACUCUGCCAUGGCGGCAGCGCGGCCAGCAGUUCGCCCACUUUCCUACACUCGCUCUGACCAUGACCCGGAUGCCAUCCGCCUGUCACGGUGCCGAUCUCGGUGCAAAGUGGGGGAGUGGAGCCGAGGAUUGGCCUGCCUUACAGCAGGGGAGUUGGCUCGACCGUCUGAGGUCAUGGUGCAGUCGCUGCGAGAGAAGCACUCGGCUAGCGCAGGCGAGGUACCACAGUGGGUCCGCGAUUUCACCAUCGAUACCGCUCAGCGGCCUUCACUCACGACCGACAUCCUGGCCAGAGCUAUCCAUACAGCCGCUCGAGCCUUAGCAGCAGGGCCAUCGGGGUGGGUCACAGAGCAUCUGCGCGACACCUUCCUCACUGAACCUACCUGCCUCUCCCACCUGUUGGAAGUGUUCAACCAAUGGGUGGCGGGACAGGUCUCCGAGCGGGCUCGGCCGUGGCUCGCCGCAUCCAACCUAGUCGGGCUUUCCAAGCCUAACGGCGACGUCCGGCCGGUGGCGAUCGGGGAGGUGCUUCCUCCGGCUAGGAUUCUGGAGGCUUUUGGGGUGCUGCGGGAGCGGUUGGAGUGGGUAGGGCUGGAGGUGCAGGCGCACAAGUGCCGGUUUUGGGAGCGCAUGGGCAAGGAGGUGGAGCGGGCACUGCCAUUGGGGAUGCAGCGGGUGGAUGAGGGUCUUACUGUGGUGGGCGUGCCUAUUGGAGAGGAGGUUUGGGAGGUGGUCCGACUACGGGAGCGGCUUCGACAGUUGCAAGCGCCACUGCCAUGGCUCCCCUUGCUCGACCACCCCCAGAUGGCUUCACACCUCCUCGCCAUUGCAAUUUCAGCGCGGCCGAUGUACCUCGCCCGGACUAUGCCGCCGCGUCCGGAGGUGGUUGAGGCUUUUAGGGAUUGGGACAGCUGUUUAGAGGAUUGCUUUGAGCAGCUUUUCCCACCUGGCACUUGGGAGCAGGACCCCGACCGGUCUAGGCGCGCACGCAUGCAGCUGCAUCUCCCUGUGCGUCUCGGUGGGUUCGGGAUCCGGGCGGCGGCCUCUUUGAGCCCACUGUCCUAUGUUUGCGGGUGGGCGUAG